UAUUAAUGAAAACGUCUUGGUAGAGGACUGAAGUCUCCUUCCUGGUUUACCACUUUGUUAAUAAAGCCAUGAGCUGGCUGGAACAAGAUAUGCUGGGCCAGGCAUUUGAAGAUGCUUAUGAGGUAAUGCAGCAACAUUCAGCUGGGGACCAUCAGUAUUCCCCAGAUUACAAAAAUUGCCUGACUUUCCUCAAUCAUUAUCCUCAUCUCAGAGGAAAUCCUAACUGUUAUGGAGUACUCCCCACAGAAGAAACUGUCUAUAACUGGAGAACUGUCAUUAAUAGUGCUACUGACUUCUAUUUUGAAGGAAGCAUCCAUCAUGCUCUGCAGAAUAUGACUGAAAAUCAAGGGGUGCAGAUGGCUCCUGUCCAACAAAGAGCAGGAAAAGGGAGAAAGAAGCUCCGACUGUUUGAAUACCUUCAUGAGUCUUUGUGCGAUCCUGAGAUGGCAUCCUGUAUCCAGUGGGUAGAUAAAUCAAAGGGGGUCUUUCAGUUUAUUUCCAAAAACAAAGAGAAACUUGCAGAACUUUGGGGAAGAAGGAAAGGCAACCGCAAGACCAUGACUUACCAGAAAAUGGCCAGAGCCUUGAGGAACUAUGGAAGAACUGGGGAAAUCACAAAAAUCCGCAGGAAGCUAACCUAUCAGUUCAGUGAGGUCAUCCUUCAGAGACUAUCCCCACCGUUGUUCUUGGGAAAAGAAAUAAUCUACUCACAAUAUAUUCAAUCUGGCCAAGAACAACUAAAUUUAAAUAACUGGAAUGCCAAUUAUAAUUACAUGUAUAGCCAUGACCAUGAUCUAGGUUACUCUGACUGCUAGGAGACAUGCCUGCCUUCCUUCCAUCCCCAUUAACAGGGUUUUGUAGGCAUCAGAAAUUCCUAUAAGAUAAGGACUUUCCUCUUAAAUCAAGCCAAACUUCAUUUAGUUUCAUUGUUGUUAUAUGUUGUAAUUAAAUGGUUUAUACAACUAAUAAAGUUGAA